ACGUGUGUGGGAAUUAGCUGUGAUCUUAGUGGAAGUACGGUAGUUGUCAUUGUUUAACCCAUUUGUUAAAGAGACGUAAAUUGGGUUUUGCCUCUAGGUCUGUCAGAAUGGAUCAGAAUGCAGACAUCCUUCAUUUCAAGUUUGAAAGUUAUGGAGAUUCCAUGUUAGAAAAAAUGAAUAAACUCCGAGAAGAUAACAAGUUCUGUGAUGCUGUCAUUCAUAUAGAUGAUGUGGAAGUGCCAGGACACAAGAUAGUCUUUGCUGCUGGUUCUCCAUUCCUGCGGGAUCAAUUUUUACUCAACGAGUCAAGUGAGGUUAAGAUUUCUAUCUUGCAAAGUUCAGAGGUUGGUAAACAGUUGUUGUUGUCCUGCUACACUGGUUUUUUGGAGUUUCCUGAAAUGGAGCUUGUUAACUAUUUGACAGCUGCAAGCUUUCUCCAGAUGGGUCACAUUGUGGAAAAAUGUACACAGGCAUUGUCAAAAUUCAUAAAGCCCAAGCGUUUAGUAGAAGAUGCAAGUCAACAUACAGACAAAAGAGGUUCUGCAGAGUCAAAACAGGACCAGGCAAAAGAACAAGAGAUUUUGAAACGUAGAUCACCAUGUAUUCUUUCAACAGAAGACAUUAUGGAUGUUGAGGACAAUGACCUCCAUAUUUUUAAAGUCGAGUCUGUCGAUGAAAUGCCAAAUGUUGAAAACCGUAAACAUCCAAGUCGCUUUAUUUCUUCGGAACAAACCAAUAUACACUCACCUGAGCCACAGCACUCUUUAAUUAACUCCACAGUGGAGAAUCGUGUGAGUGAACUUGAAGGAAGUCAUAGUCAUGUCUAUGAUUUGGCAAGCACCAGUGAGGAUAAUUCCAUUUUACUUGGUAAAGAAAUGUUGGCAAGUAGUAACAGAGGAAGUGAUAAAGGACUUCAGUGGCAUCAUCAGUGCCCAAAGUGUACAAGAGUGUUUAGGCAUCUAGAAAAUUAUGCAAAUCACUUAAAAAUGCACAAGCUUUUCAUGUGCCUGUUAUGUGGGAAAACUUUCACACAGAAAGGAAAUUUGCAUCGCCAUAUGAGGGUACACGCAGGGAUAAAACCAUUUCAGUGCAAGAUAUGUGGAAAAACAUUUUCUCAGAAGUGUUCUCUGCAAGAUCAUCUAAACCUUCAUAGUGGUGACAAGCCCCAUAGGUGCAACUACUGUGAUAUGGUUUUUGCACAUAAGCCUGUUUUAAGGAAGCACCUUAAACAACUACAUGGGAAGAACAGUUUUGAAAAUGCAAAUGAACGAGUCAUUCAGGAUGUGACAGUAGACUUUGACUCGUAUACAAGAGCUCAUGAUAGUUGUGCUGAUGACACAUUAGAACAAAGUAUUAAAAAGUGAAGUUUACGCAUAUUUGAUUGACUUGGACUGCUAAUGGACUUUUUUUCAUUGACUACAUGUCAGUAUAGACUUCUAACAACAGUGUCUCUGAAAUCAGUAUUUGUCUUAAUGAAGUUCCGUACUGCUAAAAAGAAAAGUUAUAUACUGAAGACAGUUUUUUAAUUAUGACUUUAAAUAUCUUUGUCUUGUGUCUAGUGAUGUGAACAGCUGAUUUACACCACUUGGGACAUAUGUCAUUUUAUUUUGGAAUCUGCUUUUAGACUGUCAAGUAGUGACUUUACUUAAUCCGUGGAUAUCUCCAAAAGGGCUUUAUGGCUCUUUAAUUUUGACUGGGUUAUCUCAUUUUAUAAUGUAAGAUAUUGCAGACCUGACCUGCAAAUGAGUUCUUGCACUGAGUUUUAGAUUAGUAGGAACAGCCACACGAAGUUUGUGCAGGUUUCUUGUCUUCUGUGUCACUUUGGGAGAAAAUAGUAAUUUCUUUGUGAAAUGUGUGUACUCUCUUUUUUUUUUUUUUUUUUUUUUUGUAAAGCAGACUGCAGCAGCAUUUGAAAUGAACUGUGUAAACUAUUAAGCUAGCAGUUUGAGACACCACUCUUCUACCUCCUGACUAAAGGUUCUGCAACACUCCCAUCUCCCAAAAUUAGUGUGUUGGCCAGUAUCUGAUCGUAUCCAGUUCCACUGAUGGCCAUGCUGAGCAAGCUCAGAUGCCUGAAGAGGGGAUGCAUGUUUUUUCUGACUGUAAUUGUAUUGAUGUUUAAUGUUUCUAUAAUGAAUGUAUGGAAAGGGCAUCAAGUGGCUUGGGUGUUAGUGAAGUUAUCUAGUACUUGCUAGUCUGUUUUAUGUUUUCAAAUUCUUUGUUGUACCACUCCAUUUCCACUUGGUUUUGGACUUUUAUGACCAGUAUUGUGGAUAUAUCCACUGUUUUUGAACUGUCUUGAUAUCUGUCUUUUAAAAUGUGCCAUUUUUAUAGAGUAUAUUUUUUAAGCAAAGAACACAAACUGUGACGCCAUUUACCUCUAUAAGUGCAUCCUGUUUUAGUUUAGACACCGCCACCACCUCCCUUAGUCACAUUUUAUAUUAAGUCAAAAGGAAGAAAACCAAAUCACCCUGUAUGUUUCACUGACUGUUACCUACUUUAUGCCUGCCGCUCAUUCCUGUUGCACUUUGCACCAUUGCUUUAACCCUGAACUCCUCACAGAUAGAUUUGCAUCAGAAUGGUAAAUGCAGAAAAGCCAUAAAUAAAGCUAAACUAUGUUUUACAGACUCCAGAAUGAAUCUGAAGUACUGAUUCUGCAGACCCUUCCUGAGUGGGGCAGACUAUCUGUAGUAGGGUUACCACCUGUCCCACUUUGAGAGGGACAGUCCCUCUUUGGGCAGUUGUGUCCUGACAAAAAAUAUU